GAUAUCUGUGUUACUGGAAUAGAAGAACGAUGUCUGGGAGCAAUCUACUCACCGUACUGUCCGUACGUCCGUCCAGGGGACUAGUGGAUGAAAAGUUUCAAGUGGUUGUGGAGAAUUUGUUCCCGGGACAAGAAGUCACUCUGCACUCGCAAAUGCGCUCUGACGACGACGACGUCUGGCAUGCUUAUGGACAUUACGUCAGCGAUGAUGAAGGAACCGUCAAAGUUGCAGAGCAUGUGUGUGUUGGAGGGUCAUACGAGGGAACGGAGCCUAUGGGUCUGCUGUGGAGCAUGAAGCCGGUACCUGGGAGUAGAACAGAAGUCAGGCUGCGGAAGACGGACGUCAGCCAGCCGAUGGUGGUGCACAUCUCUGUGUACCGCGGGCACAUCAGCCAGGGGUUCGGCGAGGCCGGGGCCGUGGCGCGUGUGGUCGCGGAGCGCUGGUACAUGGCUCCCGGAGUCCGCCGGCUGGACGUCACGGAGGGCAAGGUCAGAGGGACGCUCUUCCUGCCGCCAGGUCCUGGACCCUUCCCUGCAAUCCUGGACAUGUGGGGAGGGGGUGGGGGGUUGGUGGAGUACCGCUCUGCCCUGCUGGCAUCCCAUGGGUAUGUUUCUCUGGCGCUGGACUACAUGUCACAUAAGACCAUGGCAGACCUCUCUGUAGAGGUUGGAAACCAGUACUUUGAGGCUGCGUUCGCCAUCCUGACGGAGCAUCCCCAGGUGUGCCGCGACCGGGUCGCCAUGUAUGGGCUGUCUUUCGGCACCUCGGUCGCCCUGGCGAUGGCCGUGUACUCGUCCGUGGUGCAGCCCAGGUGUCUGGUGUGUGUGAAUGGAAGCCAUGUGCAGCAGGAGUGGGGAUCUCUCAAUGACAUCCUUAAAGAGUUGGCAAAAAACGUCCACAAAACUCGUUACGAUGAGGAGCAGCGAGUGAUCUGGCGUGACCUUCUCCUGCCCAUACCCUCCGACCCCAGCCAGAAGGUGGCUAUGGGGAACUUGCAGUGUCCUCUACUGUUAAUCGUGGGUGAAGAUGAUCAGAACUGGCCAACUCUGGAGUCAGCCAAAGAUAUGGAGAAGAUGAUGGAGGAGGCCGGAAACAGGCACCUGCUGACCGUGCUCUCCUACCCUCGGGCGGGGCACCUGAUCGAGCCGCCCUACACCCCGCACGUCCGCUCCAGCAACUUCAUGAUUGCCCAGUCCAGAAAAAAAGUGCUGGUUCUGUGGGGAGGGGAGGUGGUGGCGCACUCUAGGGCCCAGGAGGACUCCUGGCGCAAAACCUUGGCCUUCCUGCAGCAGCACCUGUAUGGCCCGGACCCGGAAGCCCCCGGGGACCAGUGACGGGUGCGGGGCGAACACCUCCAUCCAUCCACCGCCCCCCCUCUCCUGCCUGCUCAGCUUUUACCCCAGGAGGGGUGCCGAACUCAGUGCUUUUCAGAAACUGCAUUUCAAUUAACAUUUAAAUUUAAUGUAAAUUUUUAAAAAAAAUUUUAUGUCCCCUUAAACUAGUGCAUUAAUGAAAUGUAGCACACAAGUGGAUUUAUGAAGAUGUUGAUCCAUUCCUGCCUGCUUACAUUGACCUGUCAUACGUGAGCCUACGUGUGAUGGUAUGUUCCAAAUAAACUUGCUACCCUCUCCCUUCA